CCUCCGUGUGAAAUACCAAAGUGUAUUACAUAUCUUACUGAGUGACUUCGGAGAAUUUAUGGUGAAAUUUACUGAGGCAAAAUGGGAAAAGAGAUUUGGAACUUGCUUUGUAUAUUUGCCCUAUUUGUAACUACGCAAAUACAGCCUAUGAAUUCACAAGAGGCAACUCAAACAGCCAGUUACCUGUGUUUUGAAGAUCAGCAAAAUAGUAGUCUUAUACACCUAGAUUUUAUACUAGACCGUAAAACUGAUGUUGUAACGUCAGUUUAUGCAAAUGAGUUUCAAAACUGCGUGGGAUCUAGCCAAGAUGGCGGACAGACAUACAUAGUUCGAGUGACGUUCUCAAUUAACAGUGGAACACAAUUAUCUCCGUCACAACCUUGUGGAAUGACGAUUACAUCAGAUGGAUCCUAUCAGCUUAAUAUGCGUUCCGAGGCUAGCAGUGGUCUUGUUUCCUACACAGAUAGAAUUUAUGACUUUAAGUGUCAUCCAACUAGAGGUAUCAGUCCCUGGGCGACAACUUCCGGUAUAAGUGUUGGAAGUGUUGACCUACUGAACCUAACCGGCUCAAGGACGACAGAACUACAAGUUGUGUCCGCCAGUGACACGAGUAGUCUUGUGUUGUUUGCUAAUCUUGGAGACCUUGUGCGAUUUAAAUUUAGGAUGACCUUCACCAGUGCAAUAGAAAAUAUAGACGUGCUAGGUGUUCGACUAACGAAUCUCAUCUGUUCGCCCUCUGAUACAUUCACGCCGAAACGGAGGAUACUUAUAGACGACAACGGGUGUGCUGUCAACUACACAGAGAAUGCCUUAGCACUAUCAGGGCCCUUCACUACAGAAUCUAAUGGGUCAUCGCCAUUCAUAGCACUGUCGCCAGUAUUUGAAAUCGGAAGAUUCGCCGACUCUUUUGAAUUAAACUUUAUAGUAACAAUGGAAUACUGUACGUCUUCGUCGGGUUCCUGUUUUACGGACAUGUGCACUGCUCGCAAGAAACGGUCAGCUGAUGGAGUGAUAGAAGUGAUUGCCAAAACCAAAAUUAACGUUUAUCAACAAUCAGAGGUCAACACACAUACAAACAACACAGGUCCUGUAGAGACACACGACUGCUUUUUGACAUGGAUGUUUGCUGCAGUGGCUGGAACUGUGUUCGUAAUUUUAUUCAUUGACGGUUUUGUCAUUGCGUAUCUUGUGAGGCAGCUUAAAGGUCUGCCACACAAGCAGCAACCUACCAGACCGACGGUUAUGUACCCUAGAAUCAACACCAGUACGACCUCGUCUUACUUCUAAACACUGCUGAGUGUCACUGUCAUUGAAAACUUAUUGAACGUGGUCAUAAUGUACUUUACGUCUUCUGUUGGUUAUAUUUUGUUAAAUAAAUUAUUUUA